AUAAGAUAAAUAGAUUACGAAUAAAAUAGAUUAAGAUAAAACGAUACAAGGGAAUAACACUAGCCAAUUUUUUGUCAUUGUCAACCAGCACGAUCAUGGGGGCGCGCUGGUUAUUGCUACUUGUAGGGACAGUCCUUGUCCAGGGCACCCUUAGUUUAAGUCCGCUUCCUGUACCGGAAGAAGAAUGGGAGGAGUUUUACAGGGUUUUGAGAGAUCCAGCAUACCGUCUACCGACGACGACACGCCCCCGCCAUUACGAAGUAUCCCUAACUCCUUACUUCGACAUAGUUCCAAUUAAUACACGACCGUUCACAUUUGAUGGAGAAGUCACUAUUUACAUCAGCCCAACUGUGGCUAAUGUCAAUGAAAUCGUUAUGCACUGUAACGAUCUAACUAUCAAUUCUUUAAGUGUCUUACACAAUAAUGUGGAAAUCGCGACACCAGGACAAUCGCCUACUUGUGAGAUGCCCUUCAGCUUCCUUAGGAUUAGAACAAACACGCCUCUGCAGCUUGGACAGGAGUACGUUGUCAAAAUGACUUUCAAUGGCAACCUGCAGACUAAUAUGAGAGGUUUCUAUAGAAGCUUCUACCAUGAUAAUUCAGGAAGAAGAUGGAUGGGUACAACGCAGUUCCAGCCAGGCCACGCUCGUCAGGCCUUCCCCUGUUACGACGAACCAAGCUUUAAGGCCACCUUUGACAUUACCAUUGUGAGGGAGACCAACUUCAGCCCCACAAUUUCUAACAUGCCUAUCAGAACAACGGGACUGCCGACGAACGGUAGAAUUGCCGAAACGUUUUGGACUACGCCCUUGACUUCUACGUAUUUACUGGCUUUCAUCGUGUCACACUAUGUUGUGGUAGCUUCCAACAAUGACACUGUACGACCAUUCGAUAUUUACGCUCGCAACAAUGCCGGCACCACUGGCGAUUGGUCUCUUGAAAUCGGAGAACUGCUUUUGGACGCCAUGGAGCGGUACACUCAGAUUCCUUACUUCACAAUGGCUGAAAAUAUAAAUAUGAAGCAAGCUGCCAUUCCUGAUUUCUCAGCCGGUGCCAUGGAGAACUGGGGUCUUUUGACGUACAGGGAAGCGUUGAUAUUGUUUGACCCUCAGAACUCCAAUAACUUUUAUAGGCAGCGAGUGGCAAACAUUGUCUCUCAUGAGGUUGUUCAUAUGUGGUUCGGCAACCUUGUCACUUGCGCCUGGUGGGACAACCUGUGGCUUAACGAAGGUUUUGCCAGAUUCUAUCAAUACUACCUCACGCAAUCGGUUGCUCCUGAGCUAGGUUACGACAUUCGUUUCAUCGUGGAGCAACUGCAAACGGUCAUGAUAGCAGACUCUAUAGACACCGCUCACGCCCUCACCGAUCCUAAUGUAAACAGCCCGUCUCGCGUUAGCGCUCACUUCUCCACCAUCACGUACGCUCGCGGCGCCUCGAUCAUCAGAAUGACGCAGCAUCUGCUUGGAGACAACACUUUCGUAAAGGGUCUACGUUAUUAUCUAAAUGCCAGGAAAUUCGAUGUCGCCGAACCUCAUCAUUUGUUUGAAAACCUCGACGCUGCGGCAGCGGAAGACAACGCCUUGUCAGCGUACAAUGGUAUUACCAUUGACACUUACUUCAGGUCUUGGUCAGAGAAGGCCGGUCAUCCAUUGUUGACAGUUGUUGUUAAUCAGAGAACAGGACACAUGACUGUAACCCAGAGUCGUUGGGAACGUAACACCGGUGUGUCACAACACCCCAGUCUUUGGCAUAUUCCUAUUACCUGGACACGAGGUGCAUUACCCGACUUCGAGAACUUGAAGCCCUCGCUGAUUAUAUCAGCACAAACCACUUUAAUCGACAGAGGCAGUACUGGACUGGAAUGGGUGCUUUUCAACAAGCAAGAAUCUGGUUUCUACAGGGUUGAUUAUGAUGAUACCAACUGGGCUUUACUCACAAGACAUUUAAGAAGUUCUGACAGAACUGUUAUCCAUGAGCUGAAUCGAGCUCAGAUUGUAGAUGAUUUGUUUGCGUUUGCUAGAGCGGGUACUAAGAGUUAUGAAAGAGUAUUCAACAUUUUAUCUUUCCUACAAUUCGAAAGCUCGUACGGUCCUUGGAUUGCUGCCAUUAACGGCUUCAAUUUCAUCCUCAGAAGACUUGCUCAUGAUACUACCAGGCUGCAAAUGUUACAGGAUAAUAUCAUAGAACUAAGUGUUGCCCUAACAAGGAGACUGGGCUAUCUCGAACUACCCUCAGAUUCGUACAUGGACAACUUGCUUCGUAUGUACUCUCUUUCGUUCCUGUGUAAUAUUGGUCACGAUAUGUGCGUUACCGAAGCAAGAAGGAACUUCCAAAACUGGAGAAAUGGCGUAUUCAUUCCCGCAAACAUGCGUCCUUGGGUAUACUGCACUGGUCUCCGUAACGGUAACGAUGAAGAUUUUAAUUAUUUCUGGGACCGCUAUUUAGCUGAGGAUCUUGCCAGUGAAAAGAUUGUGAUGUUAGAAGCAGCUGGUUGUACGAACAGUCAGGCAAGCUUAUGGAAAUAUCUGGAUGCUAUUGUUACUCUUGAUGAUGCGGUACGUGAUCAAGAUUACAGCACUGCGAUGAAUUCCGCUGUCUCUGGAAAUGAAGCUAACACAUUGAGGAUGUUCGAAUGGUUGAGGAAUAACGUGAAUAGAACUAUUGCAGCAAUGGGCAGCGUAGCAACACCUAUAAAUAAUAUUGCGGGUCGACUUCUCAAUGAACAACAAAUCUCUGAGUUCCAAGCAUGGCUGGAUGCUAAUCGCGAUGCUAUUGGUUCUGCAUACGACACUGGUGUGAACGCAAUAGCUGCUACAAGAACUAACCUACAAUGGUCAUCGCGUCGUAUUCCUGAAAUGCAACGUUACUUUGAAAGGGGUUAUGUAGAAGAUAUUAUUGAAGAUAUUAUUGACGGUGGUGAGGAAGAGGAAGAGGUUGCUCCUCCAGACGUUGGCAGUACAAAUCCACCUGUGGUAACUGAAGAGGACAAUGAUACUGGAUCUGCUAAUACUGCGGUUCUAAGUAUUGUGACUUUACUUAUCGCUGUUGCUGUUAACAUUAUGGCAUAAUAUAAUAUUGAGUCCAAUAAAAUUUGUACAUUUGUAAAUUUU